CCACUCCCGGAAAAUUUCAAACCCUUUACCUCUCUCUCUUUCUCUCUUUCUCUUUUUCUCUCUCUACCUCCGCCGCAGCCGCCGCCGCCGACGACGACGACGACGAAGACGAAAACGAUGCCGAGCGGUGCGGCGGCGCCGACGCUUCCGCCGGGGUUCCGCUUCCACCCCACCGACGAGGAGCUCAUCGUCCACUACCUCCGGAACCGGGCCUCCGCGCUCCCGUGCCCCGUCGCCAUAAUCGCCGAGGUCGACAUCUACAAGUUCGACCCUUGGGAGCUCCCCGGAAAAGCGCUUUUCGGGGAGCGGGAGUGGUACUUCUUCAGCCCAAGGGACCGCAAGUACCCAAACGGAGUCCGCCCGAACCGCGCGGCAGCGUCAGGGUAUUGGAAGGCGACAGGCACUGACAAGCCGAUUGUCGCGAGCAGAGGGAACGCGAACGUCGGAGUUAAGAAGGCCCUUGUUUUCUACAAGGGUAAGCCCCCGAAAGGGGCUAAGACGGAUUGGAUCAUGCACGAAUAUCGCCUCGCUGAGGCACUGAAUGGGUAUUCUCACCACAAGCCCGUGAAGAAUAGAGACUCUUCUAUGAGGCUGGAUGAUUGGGUGCUCUGCCGAAUCUACAAGAAGAGCAGCCAACUAAACUCGGCGGAGCAUGAACAAGAAGACUCCGGCGUGGAGGACUCCUACGUCUCAAGUUUACCGAAUUCCUCGCCAAAGAACAGCCUAAAAUUACCCAAAUCCUCCUCUCUCACCGAUCUCCUCGAUAGCGUUGACUACUCCGCGCUCUCGCGGUUGCUCGAGAGCACGACCGAUAUCCCGAGUUACGAGUUUGGUCCCCUUGGUUACACAAGCUUAAACCAGCCCCUGAUCAGUAGCAGCAGUAAUAACUCGCACCACCAAUUCUUUGAAACAGGGUCUUCUUCCCCUGCUUUGAUCGCCGAGAACGGCGCGAAGCGCCAAAGGGUGGUUAGUUCCUGCUUUGAGGAUGGCGGUAAUGCUCUACAAACCGUGAAGAGGCCAAGUGAUCAUUCUAGGAGUUCUUCUAACAUGGUUUACCAAUUGGAUAAUCCCCAGUUCAAUUUGCUAAGUCACCAAUUGUUAUUGAAGCCCCACUUGGGGUUGCAGUGAGGCCACACAUAUCAAGUUGAAAAGAAUUGGGCAUGGUUGAUAGAAUAUUUCGGCUUGCUGAUACAUAUGGAGCCCUUGUUUGUACAAAAAAAGUUUGUGUGGUUUUUUUACACAGGGGCAUAGAAUUAGAAUUGCAUGUUAGGAAACUUCUUCAAUGAUGGCAAAAGUAGAUGCCAAUAAAGAAAAUUAAGGAUGCAAUAUACUUGAAGAGAAUGUGAUGGUUUGAGUUGUACAUAUUUUUCUGGUUUGCAAUUGAAAUCUGCGCACCAUUUAGGGUUCA